AACCUAGUUCGAUCGAUCUCGAUAUGGCUUCUAACCCAGGUCUGCUAACUGACUGGCCAUGGACACCCCUUGGCAACUUCAAGUAUGUGGUUUUGGCUCCGUGGGCGAUUCAUAGCAUGUACUCGUUCACGGUGAAGGAUGAGAGCUCGAGAGAUCUCUUCAACUUCCUCAUUCUACCGCUCAUGCUUAUGAGAAUUAUUCAUGCCCAGCUCUGGAUUCCAUUCUCUCGUCACCGAACUGCCAAAGGAAACAAUCGCAUUGUCGAUAAGCCUAUUGAUUUCGACCAGGUUGACCGUGAAAGAAACUGGGAUGAUCAGAUCAUCUUCAAUGGAGUGCUUUUCUACUUGGCAAACAGAUAUUUGCCUGGAAGCUCUCAUCUACCCCUUGUGGAGAUGGGAUGGUCUAAUUUUGACCAUCUUGCUUCAUGCUGGUCCUGUUGAAUUCUUCUAUUAUUGGUUCCAUAGAGCUUUGCACCACCAUUUUCUUUAUUCUCGCUAUCAUUCUCAUCCUCAUUCUUCUAUA